AAACCAUCUUUAUUUCUCAUCCCAUUUUGUUUUUCUAUUGAUUUCAAUUAAAUAAAAACAUUUAAAUUUUCUACAUUAAAAUCGUAAAAUAUAAUAUAAAACAAUUUUACUAAAAUGGCUAAAAUGGCUUUUCAACACAAGGCUGGUACAGCAAUGGAAUGUUUAAGCAUUCCUAUAACACUGCACAAGGAGAAAGAUGUUGAUGAAGAAGGUCGAGAAGUACUGAAGUGUGGAUUUAAGAUUGGUGGAGGAAUUGAUCAAGAUUAUAAAAAAUCGCCUCAGGGUUAUACUGACUACGGUAUAUAUGUCACUGAAGUACACGAAGACAGUCCAGCAGCCAGAUCUGGUUUAAGAAUUCAUGAUAAAAUAUUGCAAUGCAAUGGUUACGAUUUUACAAUGGUAACCCAUAAAAAAGCAGUAAGUUACAUACGAAAAAAUCCCGUACUAAACUUGCUUGUUGCUAGAAAAGGUGUAACGUCUACAUAAAAUAAUACUGAUUUUUCUUAUACGUCAAUUCGACAUAUAAUCUUUAAAAUUAAAUUCCUAUAUAAUUGAAAAAAAAACAAAAGUAUAAACUCGUCAGUAUCAUAAUAUUAAGAUAGUAAUAAUAGUAAGACAGCUUAUUUUACGUAAAUUGUAGAAGAACUUUACUAUUAUAGUUUAUUUUGAUCCUUGAAUUUUCUUUUUUUUUCUUUUUUUUUUAGAGGUUUGGUUGUUAUGUUGGGGUUUAGUAAAAAUUUGUAUAAUAUUCAUUCAAUUUUAAGUAACGGUUAUGCAUAUUUCUGUAAAUAUUAGAACAAUAUUUAUUAAAUAAAAUAUCAAUAUUUUUAAUAUAUUAUUUACAAAAUUUUGUAUUGAAUUUGAAAGUUGGAAAAAAGAAACUACAAUUUACGUUUUAUUACUUAAAAAUCCCUUAAAAUAUGCGAUACUCAUUGUAUAAAGUUAAAAGUUAGCCGCUUUAAAUGUAAGUUUAAAAAUUUAUGAACAUUAUACAUAAUAUGAAAUAAGAAAAAGAAAAGAUUAACAAUUAACACAUAUUUAUAAUAAAUACAUAUUUAAGUUGCGAAGAGUAUGCUUUUUAUAGACGUAAUAAUUGUAAAAAGUAGAAAUGAACAACUGCCAAAAAAGCAUUUUUUAUAAAAGUUUACAUCUUUAUAUCAAAACAGUUAUAUUAAAAUUUAUUAAGAUGAAAUGAAAAUUUUUUAAAAUUUUAUUAAAAUAUAAAUAGCAUGCAUUUGUAAUAGCAAUA